GUCUCGGGUGGCGACCCCGGAGGGGUGUCCGCGAUGCCGGGAUCGGGAGGCAGGGGCGGGCUUCCAAGCAGCGGGUCUGAACCCCACCACCAAGAUCUUUCCCUUCUCUACACGCUCCCCAGUUUCCACCUCUCCCCAUACCCCUCCCCGAGCCGGGGGUCCCCGCCCUCCAACCGACCUGCCUCCCCUUUCACAGCCCCGCGCCCUAGAAGCCUGUCUGCACACCCCCUUUCUCCAGCAAGUCCUCCCACGCCUACCUCCUCCCGGGUGCCUGUCGCCUGCCUCUCCCUUCCAGCUUUGCUCCUGCGGUCCCCGCCGCCACCCCAGCGGGCUCCCUUUCUAACCCCCGUGUCCCCACCGUGCGAUUGCAGCGGGAAUCUGAGCUCUGGGGUCCCCCUUCUCCCGGCUGUCCUGAAGCUACGGUGUCCAGCCGGCCGGGCAGUGGACCCCAACUAUGGAGUGGACAGUGCUGAGCCCAGCCUACCCUCUGGAACUGUCGGUCGGGCUUGGCGGCAGCCCCCUCCUCAGAGGUGUUGGUGCCCUGUCGGGACAUUUGUGGGAAGAAGAUUUAAAGCAGAUGGCUUGGAAAGCCUCCCGGUCCCUGGAGAGAGGCGGAGAUGGCAUGAUGACAGCCUGAAAGCCAGACGGGUUCCGGAUUGGAGGUGAAACCAUGAAGAGAAAGUAGAACGGAUAAUAAUGCUUUACCGCAAUCGCUUCCUGGUGCUGCUGGCCCUGGCUGGGCUGCUGGCCUUCCUGAGCCUCAGCCUGCAGUUCUUCCACCUGAUCCCAGUGUCCACAACCAAGAAUGGAGGAAGCAGCAAGAGUCGGAAGAGGAUCAUGCCUGACCCAGUGACGGAGCCCCCCACGGUAGACCCCGUUUAUGAAGCUCUUCUGUACUGCAACAUUCCGAGUGUGGCCGAGCGCAGCAUGGAAGGUCACGCUCCCCAUCAUUAUAAGCUGGUCUCGGUUCACGUGUUCAUUCGCCAUGGGGACAGGUACCCACUGUAUGCCAUUCCCAAAACAAAGCGACCAGAAAUUGACUGCACUCUAGUGGCUAGCAGGAAACCCUAUCACCCUAAACUGGAAGCUUUCGUUAGUCACAUGUCAAAAGGAUCCGGAGCCUCUUUUGAAAGCCCCUUAAAUUCCCUGCCUCUUUACCCUAACCAUCCUCUGUGUGAGAUGGGAGAGCUCACGCAGACAGGAAUCGUGCAGCAUCUGCAGAAUGGCCAGCUGCUGAGGGACAUCUACCUGAGGAAACACAAGCUUCUGCCCAACGACUGGUCCUCAGAGCAGCUUUACCUAGAGACCACUGGGAAGAGCCGCACCCUCCAGAGCGGGCUAGCCUUGCUCUAUGGCUUCCUCCCAGACUUUGACUGGAAGAAGGUAUAUUUCAAGCACCAGCCAAGUGCCCUGUUCUGUUCUGGAAGCUGCUACUGCCCACUGAGAAACCAGUAUCUGGAGAAGGAGCAGCGACGGCAGUACCUCCUGCGUCUGAAGAACAGUGAGCUGGAGAGGACCUACGGGGAGAUGGCCAAGAUUGUGGACAUCCCCACCAAGCAGCUCCGGGCGGCCAACCCCAUUGACUCCAUGCUCUGCCACUUCUGCCACAACGUCAGCUUCCCCUGCAGCAGAAGCGGCUGCCUCGGCAUGGAGCACUUCAAGGUGAUCAAGACGCACCAGAUAGAGGAUGAGCGUGAGAGGCAUGAGAAGCCCCUGUACUUUGGGUAUUCGCUACUCGGGGCACACCCCAUCCUGAAUCAGACGGUCAACCGGAUGCAGCGUGCUGCUGCAGGCUGGAAGGACGAGCUGUUCACGCUCUAUUCGGCUCACGACGUCACUCUGUCCCCAGUCCUCAGUGCCUUGGGGCUUUUGGAAGCCAGGUUCCCAAGGUUCGCCGCCAGGCUGAUCUUUGAGCUCUGGCAAGACCGUCAAAAGCCCAGUGAACAUUCUGUUCGGAUUCUUUAUAAUGGGGCUGACGUCACCUUCCACACCUCCUUCUGCCACGACUUCCACAAGCAUUCUCCCAAACCCAUGUGUCCUCUUGAGAACUUGGUUCGCUUUGUCAAAAGGGAUAUGUUUGUAGCCCUGGAUGGCAGUAGCACUAAUUAUUACGACGCGUGUCAUGGGGAAGGGGCCUAAAAGGUGUUCAGCACAGCGCUGUUUUCUUCCUGGUUCUGUCUGUUGCUAAAUCAUGGUGUGGAGUUCUAAUGGCCGCAGAUUAAGUCGGGCGAUCAUGCCCGUGGUUUCGGACAAACAGGAAGCACACAACUGUUUGUUACUUGGUACAAAAUAGCCAGUUCACAGAGAAAAAAAAAAGGUCCAUUAUUAUAGCUGUGUGCAGCUUAGAAUGCCAGCGUCAGAUUCAGUACUCAAAGUUGCCAAUCCAAGCUUAUAUAUGUUUGGGCCUGCCAUGGAACCAGGAAAGCUCUGCCAACAUUUUCUUAAUCCUGGAACAUUUACCUUACCUUGUUGAGUGGAGGUUUUCCCAAAGUGAUGAGUUCAAAGCAGGGUUGGCAGCCUUUCUGUGAAGGGACCAGAGGGUCAGUGUGUUAGACUCUGCAGACCUAAAGGCCACACAGCGUCUCUGUCACAUCUUCGCAGCUGUGCUCUGGUGACGUGGUGACACAAACUGUGACUGUGUUCCACAGACCAAACUAAGUAGGUGGCAGCCCGCUCUGGCUCACGGGCUGUGUUUGCUGACCCCUGAUCUUUAGAAACAGCCUGUUCCCGCUGCCCUUCCGGCACUUUGAGAGCCAGCUCAAUGCCAAGUUCUUGAGCAGGUCCUUCGGUAGCUUCUGCAAGAAACACAGAGUGGAGUCUCUGUCUGACGUGGUGACAGACUCACGGGGAAAUAAACAUCGGGUCAUAAGGCUCCUAGGAAAUGGUUACAAUACUUGACACUCAUGAUCGUGGCACAAAAUAGCUUUAAGUGUGUUCUAGAUGUUUGUCUGCUGUGGGCUGUUGGCUUCAUAUGCUGGGAUUUUUGUAUUCCACUUCGUAUUUUUAUAGUCUAGGAAAAUAUUUUCUGAGACCAGUUUUAGAUGUGUCCUUCUCCCUAUAGAAAUAUCCAAUUCGCUGCACCUGCUUGGUGGUUGGAAGGAGGCCAAACACUGAAUUGGGACACUAUUGGAGAAAUUAUUUUUUCUCCCCCUCCAAAAAUAAAUCCUAAUGACUCAUUCCUUUGACAAGCUGUAGAAUCGGGUCCAUUUCUAGACCAUUUUCAUCAAUUUGAAAUGCCAAAUUCCAACUGAUUUUUAAAGAGGUUUCUAGGGGGAAAAAAACUUUGUUACUUGGUAGUUAAGUAAUCUUUCUAGAGUAUUUUCUACAUCAAGCACGAUUACAACUGAGUCCGCGAUUUCUAGGAUAAGGGUGCUAUGCGUUCCAAGACCUGGCCCCGCACGUGGGAUUCUCCAGCAUCUGGCAUUCCUGCCCCUCUCUUCCUUUUUCUCUGUUGUUGCAUUUGAAAAUGUUUUGUUUGUAGAAAUAAAAAUUUUGGAGAAUUCUUAGCCUGUACAA